GCACUCGCACUCGCACUCGCACUGUGCCUCCGAUCGGGAGUUAGUUAGUCAGUCAGUUAGUUAGUUGGGUGGACAGCGAUCGGCAGUGGGAAUAUGUCGCAGAUGCUGCAGCUGGACGCCUUGGUCAUGGCCAUGGCCUGUCUGUCCACCACGCAAACGGAUUUGGGCGGAGGUCUGGUGGUGCCGCCCUCCCUGGAAAAUGCGAGUACCAGUAGCUGUCCAGUUUCGGCUUUGAGUGGUCUGACCACUCGGAUGCAGUCGCUGAGCAAAGAAAUAGCCAGUUUCAAGGAGCAGAUAGGCAGUCUCCAGGAGCAAUUGGUGGAUCUGCGGAGGGCAGGUGGUCCUCCGUUAACGGCACUGACCUCGCCCAAUGCCCUGGGCUCUCGAUUACCUCUGAACUUCGACAGCCUGGACAUUGAUCCACAACUUCUGGCCGCCGUUGGGGCACCAGUUGCUCCCACUACUCCCGUGAAUUGCGUGAAACAGCAGCACGGAGUCGUGCUAAUCCGACCCAGCUUGAAUGUGGAGCCCUUCUUCGUCUUUUGCGACCAGAAGGUGAGGGGCGGUGGCUGGACCAAGGUGGUCAAUCGAAACGAUGGCAAGGAGGACUUCAGUCGCAAGUGGGCCGAUUACAAGAUCGGCUUUGGGCCCCUCACCACUGAGUUCUUCAUUGGACUGGACAAGUUGCACCAGAUCACCAGCAGUGACAACUACGAACUGCUGGUUGAGCUGCAGAAUCGCAAACAGGAGCUGCGAUAUGCCCUCUACGAUCACUUUAGCAUCGGCAGUGAGUCGGAGCAGUACCGCCUGAAUGUCCUGGGAAAAUACCAAGGCGAUGCCGCCGACGCACUGCGUCAGCACACUGGCAAAAAAUUCAGUACCCAGGAUCGGGAUAACGACGAAAGCGAGCAGAAUUGCGCAGCCCUACAAUCGGGCGCUUUUUGGUAUGGCAGCUCUUGCAAUCUCAGCAACCCCUUUGGACUUUAUCAACGUCAUCUUGAACGAGAUGUCGAUGGUUUCAAGGGCAUUUUGUGGCGUGGUUUUCUGGACGGACCCAAAGGCUCUCUGAAAAUUGUCCGCAUGAUGGUUCGACCCCGCGGUAGUUAAUAAAUAAGUAUAUAGUUUAUUUCAUUGGUUAUACCAGGCACACAUUAACAAAAGACCCAUAAGGUUUAUAAAAACAAAAAACAAAAUAUAAAAAAAAAUACAAAUAAAUUCUAUUUAGACUUC